AUGGAAAUUGGUUAUUCCUCGGUACUAAGCCGGAAACUUCUAAUUUCGGCUACAUUAUUCCUCGGGGAACAGAUAUGGUACCAACGAGAUCAAAUCUCACCUAUCGCAACAUUAGCUAGUGAAAAUUCUCGCUCCGAAAUAGAUCUUUCUAUUGUUGACACAGUUAAACCCGUUUCUUUGUCGAAACCAACUACCACAGAUCUACAAAACGUUACUACUUAUCAACUCUUUCGUUAUGCCACUCCUAGAGAUAUCUGCAUGAUGUUUUUUGGAUCCAUAGCUGCCGUAGCUAAUGGUUCAUCUAUGCCUUUGAUGACAAUAGUUUUCUCGGACGUUAUUCAAGCAUUUGUUACCUUCACUAUCGUGACUUCAAAAGGAUUUAGUGAGACCGCAAAAAAUGAUUUGGAAGACGCAGUAGUUGAUAAAGUAAUACUUUUCUUGAUACUUGGAGGUGUAGUUUUCGUUGCAGCUUAUUUUCAAAUGGUAUUGUGGAUGAUUUCUGGUGAAAAUCAAGCAAAGCGCCUUCUGCUUCCACUUUUGGCUACAGCCUCUGGUAUUAUGGGUAAAUUUCUCGCUGCUUCUUCCAAAGAUGGGCAAGAUGCCUAUGCAAAAGCUGGAUCAAUAGCUGAACAGGCAUUAUCAGGAAUUCGUACUGUGACGGCUUUCGGUGGCCAAGAACGUGAAUUACGACGUUACGUUGAUAAAUUACAAGAUGCUUACAUUAUAGGCCGCAAGAAAGCCAUUAUUACAGGCUCGAGUUUAGCAUUUAUCUUUUUUACCCUUUUUAGCACUUAUGCCUUGGCUUUUUGGUAUGGAGGUAUCUUGAUCGCAGAUGGUAAAGCUAAUGGUGGUCAAGUAGUUAAUGUAUUCUUUUCGGUUCUUAUUGGAGGUGCAAUUUUUCCAUUCUUCUCAAUAAUUUUUUCAUCAAUUUUGAAUUCAUUCUCUAAAACCGAUGUAAAUGAACUUCGUCGUAGUUCCAACUUGUGGGCUCUCAUGUUUUUUAUCUUAGCUGUGAUAGCAUUUAUUGCCAAUUUUAUGCAACAAUACUUUUUCAUACUUUCUGGAGAAAAACUUACCAAACGAUUACGUUCUAUGACUUUUGAAGCUUUGUUAAAACAAGAAAUUGGAUUUUUUGAUGAUGAAAAUAAUGGUACAGGUAUAUUAACUUCAAGAUUAGCAACAGAUGCUACUAAAGUCGAUGGUCUCACUGGUACUCUUAUGGGUAGUAUUUUACAAAGUAUUACUAAUCUGAUUGUUGGAUUGACUAUUGCAUUCGUAUAUGGUUGGAAGUUGACAUUGGUAAUUCUUGCUUCAACACCUGCUAUUAUUGCGUCAGGAUUUCUUCAAAUGCAAGCGUUAGCAGGAUUUAGUGCCAAGACUGCUUCAGCAUAUGAUAAGAGUAGUCAAAUUGUUCAACAAAGUGUUUCCAACAUUCGAACCAUUGCUUCAUUAACUCGGGAAAAUACCUUUAAACAUCUUUAUGGUGUAUCCCUCCAGAAUCCACAUAAAAUUGCCGUCAAAGGAAGUAUGGUGUCAUCUAUAGGAUUCGGGUUAUCAAAUGGAUUAUUAUUUUAUGUUUAUGCGUUGGCCUUUUGGUAUGGAAGCCGAUUAGUGGGAGCUCAAGAAUAUACCACGGGAAAUAUGAUGAAAGUAUUAUUUGCUGUGGUUUUUUGUGCCAUAGCUGCUGGUCAAGCAAGUACUUUUGCACCAAACACUGCCAAAGCAAAAGUUUCUGCUUUAUCAAUAUUUGAACUUUUGGACCGUAAAUCUAAUAUCGACCCAACUCAAAACGAAGGCAAAGAUCGUCCAACACCAGUAAUUGCAAAACGUGGACUUUAUUACGAAUUAGUAAACAAACAAAUGUUGAAUGGCAAUAAUUAA